AUGGAUAAGCUCACACAAUUUGUUACCCGAUCUUUCGAGAACGAAAGCGAUCAAGUUAGUGCUGAACAGUGUUCGACGGUGAAUUUUGAUAAAACAGUCGCGAAAAUGAGCGAUGAAGAAUUUAAUAAAAAUCAGGAAAUUGAAAAGGGAAUUGAUGCGGAACUUCCGCUUCCUAAGAAAAGGAAAGUCACUCCAGUAGCCAAAAACUGGCUGAUAUCAGACAUUUCUAGUGAUGAUAAGGAAGACGAAGUUGUCGUCAAUUGCAGCUCUCAAAAUAUUUCGACGUCAAGUGCGAAUUUUCCAUUCAAGGAAAACAAAGAAUCCCGAAGGAAUAGUUUAACAGAAAACGAAGCUACUAAUUUGACAAUAAUUGAUAACAGUGAACGUAGUGGUGUGUGGUUCCUUAAUGACGAUAUUAAGAACUUAAAAAGUAAUCAAACAUCGUUUUCAUCUUCUCCAAUUGAUUUGGAAGAAUCUAAAUCAAGUCCCGAAAACUUUCGGAUCGAAAGAGUUGAAGACCAGCAGGAGUCCUCUUCCAGACCUCCUGUUUUGGAAAACCCGUCUUCAAAAAGACUGUGUAAGUUUUCUACUUAA